AUGAAGCACACCGAACGAGAAGAAUGGCUGCCGAGGGGUGAGGACUGGUGGGGACCAUCUGGGACCAUCUUCAAGUUGUCGUGGUGGAAAGAGACCAAAUGCGGAAGGAGUAAACGCGAAUGGUCACAUCACUCCGAGGACGCGUCUUUGCUCGUGACCACAACGGUGUCCCGACGCCCCGACGCCCCUCCUGCCUGCCUCCUGCCUAACCUGAUCAAAGCAAAUUUACCGUUGCUUCUUUUUCUUCUUCGAGCUCCGGCAACCAGAUGGGUCAAAAUCAUGUCAUUCGGGUAUGCUGUUUUAGUAGCUGCCUCGCUUUCCCUGGGGUUCUGGGCUGGCAGGAGGUCAACAUAUCGGACCGGAAGCAAGCCUACCGCAGGCCCGGCGCGGCUCUCCCGCGGUUCGGAGAAUUCUGUGAAAGAAACAGACGGAGAUGAAAGCGAUGACAAUGAAAGUUCGAGCGAGGUCGCAGAUGGAGACAUUUCGUCUCUCAGCGUGGGCGAGGCUGAUCACUGCAAGAUGGUCCUCGUUGUUCGAACAGACCUAGGAAUGACUUCUGGCAAGAUCGCUGCCCAAUGCUCUCAUGCCGUCCUUGCUUGCUACAAGACGCUACAGGUGAAAAAUCCAACACUGCUGCGACAGUGGGAACGAGCAGGGCAAACGAAGGUUGCUCUAAGGUGCGACAGCGAAGACGAGCUGCUUCUUAUGCAAGCUCAGGCGCAAAGCCUGAACCUUUGCGCGCGUUCAAUUCAGGACGCCGGAAGAACACAGAUCGCGGCAGGCUCAAGGACUGUCCUCGGUAUAGCAGGACCCUCUCGGCUUGUUAACCAAAUCACCGGAAAACUGCGACUGCUUUAG